UAUAGGGAGGAGAUUUUAGGGAGGGGGAAAAAAACAAAGGGAAAAGAAAGAAACAAAACAAUAAAAGCAGCACGCGCGUUUUUUGUAGCGCGCGCAAGUUUCUGUAUUGUUUUUUUUUUUGGGGACGAUUUGUGAUAUCGGAUUCUGCACGGUUCUGAAGUUAGGCUUCUCUUCUAUUCCAGUUGUUUUGUUGCUUAUCCUUCUGAAUGCUUCCUGUAGCUCUGAAACCGACCAUGGACUCCCUGAACGGCGUCUUGCGCUUCUUCACUAAUCAGAAGUCUAAAAUCGGGUACGGUUUUAUGGCCAUCGCUACCAUAGGAGGAGAAAGGAUCUUCUCUCUCUUGUCCUUCCAGUGUCCGUGCAACGUAAAGCAGAACAUGGUGUACGGGCUCACGUACCUGCUCGGACCCGCGCUCGUGCUCUUCUCCGUCGGCCUGUUCCUGAGCACGAGACUUUGGCGACUCUACACAGGCUGCUGUCUCAACCCCAGGAAGCUUUGUCCUCACAGGGCCAACUGUGUGGGCUGUUUAUCCGUGCUGUUUAACGUGAUUAUUGGAGCGCUCGUGGCACCGAUCAUGUGGCUCAGCAUCGCUUUGCUGAAUGGUACGUUUUACGAGUGCGCUGUGAGCGGUUUGGAGAAACAGGCGCUGGUCGAUUGGUUUUGUAAAAACAGGACGAAUACGUGCAAGGACGAGCUGGACAAAGUGCCUUGUGGAACGGCCAACAUGCCGGCCUCGGAUAUCAAGGAGCUUCUGUUAAUUCUACACGCCCAGUCUCAGAUCCUCGGCUGGAUCCUGAUCAUGAGCUGCACUGUGGCCGGUCUGAUUGGCACGUGUUACAAAAACUGCCGCUCUCAAGUCAGCUACCUUCAGCUCACCUUCUGGAAAGUGUACAAAGAGAAAGAGAGUGAGAAGUUUGACUCGUUCGCGGAUGAGUACGCCACCCGGCUGGCCGAUCGUAACCUCAAGAGCUUCUUCGAGAACAAAGACCCCGAGGAUUUUCCUUUUCCGAAUCACAAAGCCUGGGAGAAUAUCUCGGAAAUAUACACGUACGAUCACGCCGAGCAGUAUUACAGCACGCUGCAGAGAUACGUAGAACAUCCCAAUCGUGACUACAGUCCAGAGAAAAUACCACUGGAAAUGGAACACAGCCUCGGAUAGACACGAACCGCACAAUAGAGUCUACUUACGUUUGACCGACGAGCUGGCAUUACAGCAAAGCUAGCAAGAAAAUAGUCCCCCAAAGUCUUUGUGUUGGUGAGAUUUUAAAGCGAUUACUUUCCAUCUUUUAUUUUUUACCUCAGGAUCGGCUAUGGUGUGUUUCAAACGUCCCAAUAGCUUAAAGCAACGCCACUAACAUGAGAUUUUAAAGCGUUUACUUUCCAUCUUUUAUUUUUUACCUCAGGAUCGGCUACGGUGUGUUUCAAACGUCCCAAUAACUUAAAGCAACGCCACUAAAAUGAGAUUUUAAAGCGUUUACUUUCCAUCUUUUAUUUUUUACCUCAGGAUCGGCUAGGGUGUGUUUCAAACGUCCCAAUAACUUAAAGCAACGCCACUAACAUGAGAUUUUUAAAGCGUUUACUUUCCAUCUUUUAUUUUUUACCUCAGGAUCGGCUACGGUGUGUUUCAAACGUCCCAAUAACUUAAAGCAACGCCACUAAAAUGAGAUUUUAAAGCGUUUACUUUCCAUCUUUUAUUUUUUACCUCAGGAUCGGCUAGGGUGUGUUUCAAACAUCCCAAUAACUUAAAGCAACGCCACUAACAUGAGAUUUUUAAAGCGUUUACUUUCCAUCUUUUAUUUUUUACCUCAGGAUCGGCUACGGUGUGUAUCAAACGUCCCAAUAACUUAAAGCAACGCCACUAACAUGAGAUUUUAAAGCGUUUACUUUCCAUCUUUUAUUUUUUACCUCAGGAUUGGCUAGGGUGUGUUUCAAAAGUCCCAAUAACUUAAAGCAACGCCACUAACAUGAGAUUUUAAAGCGCUUACUUUCCAUCUUUUAUUUUUUACCUCAGGAUCGGCUACGGUGUGUUUCAAACGUCCCAAUAACUUAAAGCAAUGCCACUAACAUGAGAUUUUUAAAGCGUUUACUUUCCAUCUUUUAUUUUUUACCUCAGGAUCGGCUACGGUGUGUUUCAAACGUCCCAUUAACUUAAAGCAACGCCACUAACAUCUUAUUCAACAACUCAGUAUAAGAACAAUUUCUAAUUUCUUCUCAGUAUAAUAAUUUCUCAGGUUUCAUCCUGAACGCUAUAAUUCCUUCAUAUUUAAUCUGUUUACUAAAUAUCGGCCAUUUCGGACCUCCGUCCAUAGAGAACACGUUCCAUACUGAGUGUGCAAUAACCAAAACGUUGCAUUUAGGUGAAUCUAAGUUUUACUUAAAAAAAAAGUCUUUCUUCUGAUAAUUUACUUUAUACUAAACUUUAUAUACAAUAUUUUAAGAAAACGUUUUUAUUUCGUUUUUAUGCCUGUUCACUUAUAACGUAAUCGAUAACAGGAACUUGUCAAUUAUAGGAUGACAUUUUUUUUAACAUACCGAGUAACAGUAUGUGUGUUUGGUGUUGGGUCACGUCAUGCCGUUCUGUCUAUGGUUAUUUUCCCAUUACAGCAUGUGAGUCGUUAUAUCACGUCGCUUUCCUUCGGUUAUAUAAACACCAUCCCUUUUCUCAGAGUAAUGUAGAGAUCAUCAGAUCUCUGUGCUUUGGAUGUUCCUUCAUUACUUGUUAUAACUACAAACAAAUACACGAUAGUUGUGACAUUGCUGCCUCAUUUUUCCUGUUAAAAUGUAUUUUUUUUUUUGGCAGGAAUUUAGAUCAAACAUGUCAUGAUGUGAUGUGAUAUUUUGUCAUGAUGAGUUUAAAGCGUUCCUUUUUGAUCUUCUUCGGAGGAACCCUUAAACACACCAUGUAGAAACCUUCGACAGUUUCUAAUUACAAAGUGUUUUAGGAAGCUAAGAACUGUUACUAUACGUUCCGAUCGUACGGUAGAAGCCGUCUUAGCUAUCCUUAUCCUGUGCGUCUGCCAUAUUGGAUUCGGUGAGGUUCUGCUGUAAUCCGUUAACUGUUACACACAUCAUGUGUUUUCCUAACAUUGAAUAAACCGGAUAUUUCGCCAUA